CUGAGAACCUCGGAUCAACCAUCGAGGAACAUCAACCGUGUCAUUUCCGGUCAACUACGAUCGGGGGUGUCACACAAGGUCCAUUUUAGAAUGUCAAAAAAGAUAUGAUUGGGAGGAGUGGAAGAAGGACAUUCAAAUUGAAUUACUCUCCUUGAAUAAAAGAAAAGUCUUUGGACCUAUAGUCAUACCGCCUGAUAAUAUAAAUCGUGUUGGGUUUAAGUGGGUAUUCGUGAGAAAAGUAAAUGAGAAAAAUGAAGUAACACGAUAUAAAGGGCGAUUAGUUGCCCAAGGUUUUUCUUAGAGACCAAGAAUUGAUUUUGAGAAAACAUAUUCCCCUGUAAUGGAUGCAAUUACGUUUAGAUUUUUGAUGAGCCUAACGGCGUCUAAAAAUCUUGAAAUGCAUCUCAUGGACGUUGUGACUGCAUAUUUGUAUGGAUCGCUGGAUAACGAUAUAUACAUGAAACUCCCUGAGGAAUUGAAAAUGCCAGGGGCAUUGAAAGAAAAAUCCAGAGAGAUUUGUUCUGUCAAGUUACAGCGAUCACUUUAUGGACUAAAGCAAUCCGGACGCAUGUGGUACAAUCGCUUAAGUGAAUAUCUUUUGAGUAAAGGAUAUGUGAAUAAUGUGAUAUGUCCAUGCGUAUAAAUAAAUCGUCAUCUGGUUUUGUGAUCAUUGAUGUAUAUGUAGAUGACCUGAACAUAAUUGGAACUCAAAAGGAGGUUGAUGAUGUUCGAACUCAUAUGAAAGAGGAGUUCGAAAUGUAAGAUCUCGGCAAGACAAAAUUUUGUUUUGUGCUCCAGAUUGAACAUCUCCGAGAAAGAAUAUUUGUGCAUCAAUCAAACUACACGAAAAGGUUAUUGAAACGCUUUCGUAUGGACAAAGCGACUCCUUUGAGUACUCCAAUGAUUGGUAGAUCUUUCAAUGUUGAGAGUGAUCCUUUUAGGCCCUGCGAAGAUAGCGAGAAGAUAUUAGGUCCAGAAGUACCUUAUAUGAGUGCUAUCGGUGGGCUGUUAUAUCUUGCAAACUGUACCAGACCAGAUAUAGCUUUUGCUACUAAUCUACUGGUGAGAUAUAGUUCUGCUCCUACUCGCAGGCAUUGAGACGGAAUAAAGCACUUAUUUUGUUACCUCCAAGGUACAGUUGAUUUAGGGAUAUUUUAGAAAACCCGAUUUUGGUAUGGUUGAUUUUGCAGAUGCAGGAUACUUAUCAGAUCCUCAUAAGGCUCGAUCGCAAACUGGCAAUAUUUUUAUAAUUGGUGGAACCGCGAUCUCUUGGUGGUCCCAGAAACAAACUCUGGUUGCGACAUCUUCAAAUUAUGCAGAAACUAUUGCGCUUCACGAAGCAUGUCGAGAAUGAGUGUGGCUUCGGUCAAUGAAUCACCACAUACAAGAAUCAAGCGGAAUAGUCAACGAAAAACCGCCGACGAAAAUAUUUGAAGACAAUUCGGCUUGUGUUGCUUAACUUAAAGAAGGCUAUAUCAAGAGCGAUAGAACAAAGCCAUCCUUCCAAGAUAUCUCGUACAUAAGAGAGCUCGAAAAAAAUAAAGAAGUGGACAUCGAGUAUGUACGGUCAUGUGAAAAUCCGGCUGACUUGUUCACCAAAGCUCUUCCAACUACAACAUUCCGAAAACAUGUCUACGGUAUCGGAAUGCGGCAUUUGCGUGACCUCUGACAAGAAAUCUAUGUCUACUAUUUUCAGGGAGAGAUUACGACAGUGUACUCUUUUUCCCUUGUCAUGGUUUUUGUCCCAAUGGGUUUUUCCAUGACUAGGUUUUUAACGAGGCACUACGUAAUACAAAAUGGAUAAUCAAGGGGGAGUGUUAAAGAUAAAUAUAGAUAUGAUUAUCCAUUAGGUUUUGUUUUAUAUGGACACUAAAUAUCUGUCCAUUUUAUAUUAUAGUUCUAAAAAGAGGAAGGCAACGAUGGAGAGGAUCACGAAACGCGAAUCUGCGGCAACGACUUUCACGAAACGAAGCUACGGUCUCCAUAGCAAAGUCUCGCAGCUCUGUCUUCUCACCGACGCACAGAUCGCCGUGUUGGCAACACCUCCUUCUUCCAACUCCAACGUCAGCUUCUUCUCCUUCGGCCACUCUUCGGUUGACUCCAUCGUUACCGCUUUUCUCACGGGAGAGAGACCUGCUGUCCGAGAAGAAAUAGAUGAUCACGAGGACCUUGGGAUUUGUCUCGCUAGAAAAGAACUAGGGUUGCCUCAGUGGUUGGAGGACGAUGCUCUUCUCAAAUCUAAGAGCCCCCAAGAACUGUCCCAUGCCAUCAACUCCAUGUCUACGUUGUUGUCAAAAAUCAAUGAGUUGCGUGCUGAAGACGCAAAGGCAGAGCCUCCUCUGAAGAAACAGAAGAAGAAGAACGAGGAGACAAUGAAGAAAACAGAACCCACGGUGGAACAAACCCUACUUCUCCCGUCCGAUUCCAGUGACAAAACCCUAGAUUACAACAACAACAACAAUGACUCGUUGGAGGAGAUUGAUUUUGAUCAACUAAUUGAUCUGGAUUUAGAUUUAGAUUUUGAUUUCGAGUCUAUGAAUUCUUCUGACAACAACGACGAGACCAUGAAGAUGACAGAGCCCUUGGAUCAACCGCUCCUUCUCCCAUACGAUAUUUGUGCCAGUCCAGACAACAACAACACCUAUUCAACUGGAGAGAUGAGCUUAGAUUACGGGAUUGAUACCAGUUCAGUCUUCCUUGAUGAUUCUCUUUUGGAGUCUGCAAUGAACUGCGUACCUUCUGUUGAUGGCUUUGUGGAGACUAUUUCUUCUCAAGAGCAGCUUCAGGAGGAGACUACUAUUGCAUUGAACUCGGUGCCUUGUGAUGAUGGUGUCUCUGCUUUGAAUGAAGAUGACAUCAAUUUCUCUGAUUAUCUCACUCAGUUUCUGCAGUCUUGAAGAUAACAACAGACAGUAUGGUGUUUAUUAGUUAACUUCUUUGUAACUUGUUUGUCUUAGUUACUUUUUAAUGUGUUUCACACUGAUGUAUGUAACAAAUGAAGGGUCUUGUUUGAUCUCUCAUCAAUUUUCCAUAUCGCUAGGGAAUUGAUCAGACUCAAACAGCUCACCUUCAGUUUUUGAUUACUUGUAAGACUUUGUGUUCUGUGUUAUAUUUUUUUGCAAUGCCACAAAUAUUUUCUAA